AUGAGUACACUGCCGACGACGGAGAAGCCCGGCGGCUCCAAGGCUCUCCACCCAGCCUUCUUCAUCGCGAGUUGGAUCUUCUUCUCGAACCUGACCAUCUUGUUCAACAAGUGGCUGCUCGAUACAGCAGGCUUCACCGUCAUCCUAACAUGUUGGCAUCUCGUCUUCUCCACCCUUGCAACCCAGAUCCUCGCGCGAACCACCUCUCUCCUUGAUGACCGCCACAAGGUGAAGAUGACGGGCCGCGUCUACCUGCGCGCUGUUGUACCCAUCGGUCUGCUGUACUCGGGCUCGCUCGUCUGCUCCAAUCUGGUCUACCUCUACCUCUCUGUGUCCUUUAUCCAGAUGCUGAAGGCCGGCGCGCCUGUUGCCGUGCUCUUCACCAGCUGGGCUUGGGGUGUCGCUGACCCCUCCACGAAGACGCUCUACAAUAUUCUGCUUAUCGUAGCCGGUGUGGCACUGGCCUCGUUUGGCGAGAUUGAAUUCUCGUGGAUCGGCUUCAUUUUCCAAAUGGGUGGCAUUGUCUUUGAGGCCAUCCGCCUCGUCAUGAUUCAAGUGCUGCUCAAGGGUGAUGAGAACGCACAGAGGAUGAAUCCGCUAGUUAGUUUGUACUACUACGCCCCCGUCUGCGCCGUCAUGAACUUUUUCGUUGCGUGGGCCAGCGAGUUCAGCACCUUCAAGUUUGAGGAUCUACAAAAGACGGGUGUCACCAUGCUUCUGCUCAACGCUGCCGUGGCGUUCAUGCUCAACGUGUCGAGCGUCUUCCUCAUUGGUAAAACGUCCGGCCUCGUCAUGACCCUCACCGGCAUUCUCAAGAACAUUCUCCUGAUUGUUGCAUCCGUCAUCAUCUGGAGAACCAGCAUCACCGUCAUGCAGUUCGUCGGCUACGCUAUCGCCCUCUUCGGCCUUGUUAUCUACUCCACUGGCUGGGAGCAGCUCAAGAGCUCGGGCGUCGCCGCCAUCACAUGGGCCCGGACCGCCUGGAACUCUCACAACUUCGACGAGGGCCGCCUUUCGCCGCUCGUGCGACGCGCCCUCGUCCUGGGCCUGAUUACGCUCAUCACCUUGAUGCUUGUGCUGGGUAUCGCCUACAAGGGCUCGUCGGCGCCAGAGGACUGGUUACCCACGGUGGCCGCGGUUAGCACCUGA